GAUGUGAGUUGAGGCAGAAGUAGACUGUUGAAUAAUGACGUAAGCGUACACGUGGUAUACAUCAACAUCGUAAGACGGGAAGUGCAUGCAUCUUGAAAGCCUCCAAAAGCCAACCUCGAUAUUCAAAUUACCUUAUUACUUCGAUUUCUUCGCAAACGUCGUACGAAACAUGGCCCAUCUAACACGUGAAGAAGUCCUAAAGUCCGGCGAAGUAUCCGAAACAUACAGAAAGGCUUUCACGGCCCGCCCAUUCGAAACAACGGGCCCCGACUUCUUCGCCCACCGCGCCUCACGCGCCGCCCACCUCUCCCGUCUCCGCCAUCUCUACCCCAUUCCCGGCCCAAUUCCAGAGCACGUAAAAGAAAGCCUUCACGACGUGCUAAACCGAGAUGGGACCUCUAUCCGUGUCAAAGUGUACCAGCCUGUUGCUGGUCCGCCGGAAGGUGGCAGUCCAUUGAUCAUGAUGUACCACGAAGGAGGCUGGAGUAUGGGUGAUUUGACGGAUGAGGAUAUGAAUUGUAGGAUGUUUGCGAGGGAUUUGGGGGCUGUUUGUGUUAAUGUUGAGUAUCGUCUAGCCCCCGAACACAAAUUCCCCACCGGCAUCCAUGACUGCCACGACGCCCUCCUCUGGGCCAUCAAGAACAGUUCCACCCUGAACGCAACACCCACCCGCGGCCUCCUCGUCGGCGGCGCCUCAGCCGGUGGUAACAUCGCCGCUGUCCUUGCCCUUCUCGCCAGAGAUACAGCUUUGAACCCACCCAUAACAGGCCAAUACCUUUGCGUCCCCGCCCUCCUCCCCCACACAAACGUGCCUCCUCACCUAACCUCCCUCUACCAAUCCCGCACUUCCAACACUUCAGACCCCGUCCUCAAAGACAUGGCACCAGGCUUCAUCGAGUCCAUCUACGAACCCGAGGAAAAGUCCCCAUUUUGGGAUCCUUUUAAUCAUCCAGAUGGGCAUCAGGGGGUUGCAAAGGCGCUUUUCCAGGUUGGCGGCCUGGAUCCGUUGAGGGAUGAGGCGGUGCUUUAUGAUAGGAAGUUGAGGGAGAGUGGGGUGUUGACGCGGUUCGAGUUGUACAAGGGGUUUGGGCAUAUGUUUUGGACGAAUUAUCCGGGGUUGGAGGAGAGUAGGGGGUUUGUGGAGGACACGUUAAUGGGGGUUAGGUGGUUGUUGGAGAAAUAGGCAUGAUUGCAUUUAUGCAUCAUUGGUUUCAUGUCAUUGUUACAUGUUACAAACACGACGAAAUGUCGAAC